AUGAACUUUGCGCAUUCUCGACGGGAACACAACAUUGAAUGUUACGUAAACUCCCAAAAGCGUGUAGGAUCACGAAAACUUCCACCAGUUUACAAAAGCGCUGAGUAUUUCCGUCUUAAUUUUGAAGUUUUCGGAUUGAGCAAUUUGAUUAUUGGCAAACAUGCCCAAAGGGGUCUUUCAGCCAAUGACGAUCAAGCAUCCAGUUAUCGUCUGCACUUUGUGCUUGGCAAAUUCUUGCCCGUUAUGGACAGGGCUACCUAG